AUGAACUUGAUCAAACUCACGACAGCUCUCAUCAUCAAUACGGCUUGCGGUCUCGUGACAUCUGAAGUCAUCAAUUUCUAUACCAACGAGAUCAGAAGUUUCGGUUGCGACCCAUCGGAGGUUGCCCUUUGCAUUGUGACCCGGUACACAAGGCCGAAUGACCGAAACUCUCGUCCGGAUUAUUACCUUUUGGAUACCGCUGUCAGGGUCAAACCGGGCACCUACAAUUGCGGUGUGACGACUGCCAAGUGUUGUGGUACCAAUUUAAAAUAUGAGAAGUGGCAGCAUGUAAAAGACUCCCAGUGGAUGAAAGAUCUUACUGAAACCUUCUGCCCGAACAAAUAUGCAUGCGAUCCCGACACCCCAACGAAAAGAUCUCAACCUGGAUAUCUUGUUGUGUACUUUAUAGUCGAGCUAGUUGUCGUACACACUGAUCUUCAUUCGAUCGUCCAAAGCAAGGGAGCCGGCAUUGGCCUCAUGUUAGACAAGAACCAAGAUUCCUUCUUGUGCGAUGAUAAUCGCACUCGGCCAGGAGGAAACCUCCCGGUCGUCGAGACCUUACUGUCACUGACGACUAGGAGCAAUCCUCCCGGCCUAAAAGAGCGAGGCAGAUGUUAA